GCCCAAAAAAAAAAAAAAAAGACCAUAAAUACAAUUUCCAUGGCAUAAUAAGAGACGUUUAAAAGAGAGAGAGAUAAUCGCAUGGAAGAAGGCCUUCCUCCAGACACCCUCUCUCACAUUUUCAUUAGGUUUCUCUUUUUAACUCUCCUUCACUUUGUCUCUCUAUUUAUGUAACUUUAGCUACCUAUUCAAUACUCUAUAAAAGCAAAAUUUUGAGGUGGGUUUUUGGUUUCUGGUUCCGGGUUUUGAAUUUGGUGAUCUGGGUUCUUGCUGAGAGAGAGAGGGAUAGAGGGGUGGUGAGAGAGAAAUGGAAGACGGGAGAUUGUUGCAGUGGGAUGUUUUCAGAUCUCUUCUUGCAAUUCUUCAGUGGUGGGGUUUUAAUGUUACUGUUAUUAUCAUUAACAAAUGGAUCUUUCAGAAAUUGGAUUUCAAAUUUCCUCUUUCAGUAUCAUGCGUUCACUUCAUAUGCUCAUCAAUUGGGGCAUAUCUGGUAAUCAAAGUGCUAAAGCUGAAACCUCUAAUAGUGGUUGAUCCUGAAGAUCGCUGGAAAAGGAUAUUUCCCAUGUCUUUUGUGUUCUGUAUCAACAUAGUGUUGGGAAAUGUCAGCUUACGCUACAUCCCAGUUUCUUUUAUGCAGACUAUAAAGUCAUUCACUCCAGCAACCACAGUUGUUUUGCAGUGGCUAGUUUGGAGAAAGUACUUUGACUGGCGAAUUUGGGUCUCUUUGGUUCCUAUUGUUGGAGGAAUUCUGCUCACAUCUAUUACAGAACUUAGUUUUAAUAUGUUAGGGUUUUGUGCUGCCUUAUUUGGAUGUCUAGCUACUUCUACAAAGACUAUCCUUGCAGAAUCUCUGCUGCAUGGAUACAAGUUUGACAGCAUAAACACUGUCUACUAUAUGGCACCUUUUGCAACCAUGAUCUUGGGAGUACCAGCACUGUUACUUGAAGGCAAUGGGGUUAUGAAUUGGUUUCAUACCCACCCCUCUCCGUGGGCAGCCCUCAUCAUUAUUUUCAGCUCAGGAGUGCUGGCUUUCUGUCUUAACUUCUCCAUUUUUUACGUGAUUCACUCAACUACUGCCGUCACAUUUAAUGUUGCUGGAAACCUUAAGGUAGCAGUUGCUGUGUUGAUUUCAUGGCUGAUAUUUCAAAACCCGAUUUCGGGUUUAAAUGCUGUUGGCUGUGGUAUCACACUCGUGGGAUGUACGUUUUAUGGGUAUGUCCGGCAUAUGCUUUCCCAACAACCUCCUGGAACUCCUCGAACACCCAGGACACCUAGGAACAGGAUGGAACUACUUCCCCUUGUAAAUAAUGAUAAGUUUGAUGAUAAGGUCUAAUUGAGUAUGUAAUGUAUGGGGUUCCUGGCUUUUGGAGAAGGGAUAAUACAAAGAAAAGGGCAUAGUUUGGAGAGGAUGCUCAGUCACCUUGUGCGGAUUUACAUUAGAUUACCCAUUUAGUUGCAAAAUUUUUUAACAUGUUUUCUUCUCUCUUAGAAACAGAAAAUUAUUACAUCUCUUUAUUUAUUUGAGUGCCCCCAAUAUUGAGUACAUGAAACCAAUGAAAUUUUCUAUUUUCCACCUAUUGCUUAUACCAUCUC